GGCUGAGGCCUCUGUCUCAAAACUGGGAGAAGAAACAGAAGCCACACCUUGCCCCAGUGUCCUGCAGCUGGAGGAGCUCCUGAGGGCCGGGAGAGCCUCCUGCAGCCGCGUGGACGAAGUCUGGCCCAAUCUUUUCAUAGGAGAUGCCUAAGGUGCUAGUGCACUGUGUGGUAGGUGUGAGCAGAUCUGCCACACUGGUCCUGGCUUACCUCAUGUUGCACGAGCAGCUGUCCUUGCAGCAGGCUGUGAUCACCGUGAGGGACCGCCGAUGGAUCUUCCCCAAUCGCGGCUUCCUCCGCCAGCUCUGCCAGCUGGACCAGCAGCUGCGGGGUGCAGGCCAGAGCUAAGGAGCCAGAGACAGUCCUUACCCUCUGCCACAAGUCUCUGCCAGUUUGCUACUCUGGUCCUGGCCCUGAUGGCAGCCUUAGCUGGAGCGGAUGCCCAGAAGAUAGAAAGGGCCCGGCAUGGAGCUCACCAUAAAGCCCGCUGCUCCAUCAGCUUCCUCCAGUGUCCCACACGUCCUCUCAGCCGCUGUCCUCAGUCUCCACAGAAACAGCAUCAAGUGUGCGGAGAAAGGCGGCUGGAAGCCGGCAGCACAAAGUGCCUGUUGGAGAAGACUACAGCCUGGGCAGGAUCUCCUUACAGGAUGGACUCGUUGCAGAAGCAGGACCUUCGGAGGCCAAAGAUUCACGGGGCGGUCCAGGUGUCCCCCUACCAGCCACCCACGCUGGCCUCACUACAGCGACUGCUAUGGGUCCGUCGGACUGCCACACUGACCCACAUCAAUGAGGUCUGGCCCAACCUUUUCUUGGGAGAUGCGUACGCUGCCCGGGACAAGAGCCGUCUAAUCCAGUUGGGCAUCACCCACGUUGUGAAUGUUGCUGCAGGCAAGUUUCAAGUGGACACAGGUGCCAAGUUUUAUCGUGGAACACCUCUGGAGUACUAUGGCAUCGAAGCUGAUGAUAACCCCUUCUUUGACCUCAGUGUCCACUUUCUGCCUGUUGCUCGCUACAUCAAAGAUGCCCUCAAUACUCCCCGAAGCCGCGUGCUGGUCCACUGCGCCAUGGGGGUAAGCCGCUCUGCCACAGUUGUACUGGCCUUCCUCAUGAUCUUCGAGAACAUGACACUGGUGGAUGCCAUCCAGACAGUGCAAGCCCACCGAGAUAUCUGCCCUAACUCAGGCUUCCUCCGCCAGCUCCAGGUUCUGGACAAUAGGCUAAGGCGGGAAUCGGGGCAACUCUGAAUUAGGGAGCGCCUGAAGCCCUGACCCCUCCAUCCAACAUGGCCCAACCUGACCUACCUGGCCCUGGGAAUGGCAACCUCUGCUGUUUCCAGAGACCCUAAUGGCACCAGCAAGUCAGGGCUCCAGUGAGACAGAGGCAGGGUGGGCUGGGUGGUACCCUUCAGCAGGCAGAGUCCCCUGACCCAAUACAGAAAUUCUUUAUGCAGAAGAAAGUUCAGUCUGUCUCUAUAAUAAAAGGUUCAUCAUAUUAAAGACAAUUUGUAAGACAAUGACU